UACCAGGGCACGUGAACUAAAUAUAUCCAAAUUCCCACAACACAUCAGUUUCACAAAACACAAAGGAAAGCACAGCAGAGAGCUAAUUAAGCUGUUCAAUGAAGAAACAAGGCUGCGAGAUUGAAGCAAUAGGCAUCAACUACAAAAUCCACACAAACAAAACAGCAAACCCUUUGAACAUCUUCACCAGAAAAACUCAAAUACUUGAUCCACAACAAGGAACAAACCCUGAAGAACCAUGCAAUGUGGUUCGUCAAGUCCUUAAAGACCUGAACUGCAAAGCAAAACCAUGGGAAAUCCUUGCCAUUGUUGGUCCAAGUGGAGCUGGAAAGUCAUCUCUGCUUGAAGUCCUAGCAGGUAAGCUCACACCACAAAGUGGUUCCAUUUUUGUUAACCAGAAACCUAUGAACAAAGCUCAGUUCAAGAAGAUCUCUGGCUAUGUCACUCAGAAGGACAUGCUCUUUCCUUUACUUACAGUGGAGGAAACACUCAUGUUCAGUGCUAAACUGAGGCUGGGGCUUCCUCAAGCUGAAAUGAAGUCAAGGGUCAAGUCCUUACUCCAAGAGCUAGGCUUGGAGCACGUAGCCAUGGCUCGUGUGGGUGAUGAUAGGGUUCGAGGGAUAUCAGGAGGAGAAAGGCGUCGUGUUUCCAUCGGAGUUGAUGUCAUUCAUGACCCGAAAGUGUUGAUUCUUGAUGAGCCAACUUCAGGUCUUGACAGCACCUCUGCUCUACAAAUCAUAGACAUGCUCAAAGUGAUGGCAGAGACCAGAGGCAGAACCAUAAUACUAAGUAUUCAUCAACCUGGAUUUCGUAUUGUGAAGUCGUUUAGUUCAAUACUUCUGCUAGCUAAUGGUUCGGGUCUGCAUCAUGGCUCGGUGGAUCAACUUGGUUUGCACUUGAGGGUGAUCGGAUUGCAGCUUCCUCUGCAUGUCAAUAUUGUUGAAUUUGCCAUUGAAUCAAUUGAUACAAUUCAACAACAGAGGAAGGAGAUUCAACAAGAAAUGCAAUCACAGUUUCCAUCAACAAAUCAACAGCACAAGAAAGGAGAAGAAGGAGAGAGUAAAAGCGGUAAGCUCACUCUGCAACAACUCUUUCAACAAUCUAAAGUAAUUGAUCAAGAGAUAGUCAAUACUGGAAUUGAUUUUCCUAGAGAUUUCACCAAUUCAAGAUUGCAAGAGACAAUAAUUCUUACUCAUAGGUUCUCAAAGAACAUAUUCCGGACACAGGAGCUCUUUGCUUGCCGGACAUUUCAGAUGCUGAUUUCUGGGCUUGUUUUGGGCUCCAUAUUUUACAAUCUCAAAGACAACGUGCUCGGAGCGCAGGAAAGGGUAGGCCUAUUUGCUUUCAUAUUGACAUUCUUGCUAUCUAGCACCACAGAAGCUCUACCAAUCUUUCUGCAAGAGAGAGAGAUUUUAAUGAAGGAGACAUCUUGUGGAAGCUACAGAGUCUCAUCAUAUGCCAUUGCCAAUGGACUUGUUUACUUGCCUUUUCUACUCACCUUAGCCAUACUCUUCACCAUUCCAUUAUAUUGGCUGGUUGGGUUAAAUCCAAACAUCAUGGCUUUCAUGCACUUUUUGUUGUUGAUUUGGUUGAUUCUCUACACAGCAAAUUCAGUGGUGGUUUGUUUCAGUGCUCUGGUGCCUAACUUCAUUGUUGGAAAUUCAGUAAUUUCAGGUGUGAUGGGGUCAUUCUUUUUGUUCUCUGGUUACUUCAUAUCGAAUCAAGAAAUCCCCAGAUACUGGGUUUUCAUGCAUUAUGUAUCGUUGUUCAAGUAUCCAUUUGAAGGGUUUCUGAUAAAUGAGUUCUCUAAGUCAGGGAAGUGCCUGGAAUACAUGUUUGGGACAUGCACGGUGAGUGGGGAAGAUGUGCUUAAAGAAGAAGGAUAUGGAGAGGAAAGUAGGUGGAGGAAUGUGGCUAUAAUGGUGGGCUUCAUCUUAGUUUACAGGUUUAUUUCCUACGUGAUUUUAAGAUGUAGAUGCUCCCAAAGAAGUUUCAGUGGUGCUCUUGUUUGAUUAGGCCUAAGAGAGUCUGCUCUCUCUCUGGCAAGUGUUGACAAGAUGGUUCACAUGUUUUGGAAUUUACUUCUGAUAACAGACAAAGAAGAAACACUAUAUUUCUAAAGAAAUGUUAUAUGUACCAGAAAAUUGUACCAACGUGAUUUCUAUAGCUCUGUCUUAAUCGUUCAAAGAUGUUUUAUAUGUUUUCUUCCCCUAAUACUUAAAUUCUUCUUUCUUCUUCUUAUUUUUCCAUGAAAAUCCAUGUUUUCUGUUUGCUGUC